UUCCCAGGUGUUUGCAGCUGCAUUCUUUUUAACGUUAGGAUGCCUGAACCUACGAAAUCGGCUCCUGCCCCAAAGAAGGGCUCUAAGAAGGCAGUGACUAAAGCGCAAAAGAAGGACGGGAAGAAGCGCAAGCGCAGCCGAAAGGAGAGUUACUCUGUGUACGUGUACAAGGUGCUGAAGCAGGUUCAUCCCGACACCGGUAUCUCCUCUAAGGCAAUGGGCAUCAUGAAUUCCUUCGUCAACGAUAUCUUCGAGCGCAUUGCGGGUGAGGCUUCUCGCCUGGCACAUUACAACAAGCGCUCCACCAUCACCUCCAGAGAGAUCCAGACUGCCGUUCGUCUGUUGUUGCCCGGGGAGCUGGCCAAGCACGCGGUAUCUGAAGGCACUAAGGCUGUCACCAAGUACACCAGCUCCAAGUAAACCUGCCAAGGGAGAGAUACAAAUGCAGAGAAGAAAUGAAUGCAUAAAAUAACUGAAAAUAUGAAAUGUAUUCAUAGAAGUUAAGAAGUAUGAAAAGUCUGAUCUGCCUGAGAAUGACUAGUGUCUGUAUCCCAUCCAAAUCCAACCCAUCUUGGUUUGCUGCAUACUGACUCAUCAAAAAGAGAUCAUUACCUGAGUGGAAGAAACUAAACAAGGUCUUUUAGCUUUUUCAUUUUAUUUUUUAAGUUACAGAAAUAGAAUCUACUUCUGUACAGACCUAAUUACUGGGUAAUUCAUUAUUUGCCAUGGACUAUCUUUGCAAAGAAAAGUCUGAAUGAGAGGAUGGUAGAAAGUCUGUAAAUGUUAUAAUUAAUAAAAUCUGCAGAGAAUUUGGAA